GCCCUUGUCGACUCCUAGAAUCAGUUCUACCCUUCUAAUCUGAGGACCCUCUGGCCCUGCCAGCCAAGCCUUGGGAGUUAAUAAUUACAAAGACUAAUUACUUGCGGUGCUGCCUUGGAAAGCUGAAGAUCUUUCCCCUCCUCCCAGAAGCUCCCUGAAGAUAACAAAGGUUACAGCCAGCGACACAAACAGACACAAAUGUACCGAACGCUCCGUUCCCAGACUCCAGAGCAUGAGGCUGGCCUGUGCUGUCACCGUGGAUCCUGGCCAUGAGGCAGGGCAGGGCUGCCAAUGACAGGGACACCCGGGAGAUGCUGGGACAGGGAAGUGCUCCCUGGGUGACAUCCACAGCGGCGUUCUGCGAUGGAUUCGUGGAGCACCACGUCUGACUCGCCAGCCUUUGGCCUGGGGUCUGGCAGCGAGGCAGAGGAUGGGCAAGCGGAGAGCGAGGCGGGAGCGUGUGAAGGCUCUGAGGGGAUACAGCUGCCUGGAGGGAAGCCCUGGGCAAUGGCAAGCCAGGUCGGUUUUGAGGAAGAGAGCCAGAAGCAACCUGCUGUGGGGCACUGGAAGCCACUGAUGCCAUCCAAAGGCAGCAAGGAGGAGCUGGAGCCGGGGUGCCAGGAUGCUGGAGGCGUGGGCGAGACCCCGUGCCCCGAGCAGCUCGAUGUGUCGCGCCUGCGCAGCUCCUCGGUGGAGAUCCGUGAGAAGGGCUCCGAGUUCCUGAGGGAUGAGCUGCACAAAGCACAGAAGGAGCUGAAGCUAAAGGACAAAGAAUGUGAGAGGUUGUCAAAAGUCAGGGAACAACUGGAGCAGGAGCUGGAGGAGUUAACAGCCAGCCUAUUUGAGGAAGCCCACAAGAUGGUGAGAGAAGCCAACACUAAACAGGCUGCAGCAGAGAAACAGCUGAGGGAAGCCCGGGGCAAGAUUGACAUGCUGCAGGCAGAGGUGACGGCCCUGAAGACGCUGGUGAUCACAUCCACGCCUUCCUCCCCCAACCGGGAGCUGCACCCUCAACUCCAGAGCCCUUCCAAGGCCGGCUUCAGGAAGGGCCACGGGCGAAACAAGAGCACCAGCAGUGCCAUGGUGUCAGCUGCCAGCCAGAACGUGGCUCCAGAGCCGGUCAGCCGGGAGUGCAGAGAGGUCGACUCCACCUUAUUUGCCGAGUUCCAGGCCUGGAAGGAAUCUCCAACUUUGGAUAAGUCCUGCUCCUUCCUGGAUAGGAUUUAUCGAGAAGACGUGGGACCUUGUCUGGACUUCACUAAGCAGGAGCUGUCGGAGCUGGUGCGAGCGGCUGUGGAGCAGAACACCCUCACCAUCGAGCCAGUGGCUUCCCAGACGCUCCCUGUGGUGAAGGUGGCAGCAGAAGAGUGUGGUGGGCCCAAUGGGUUCCGGCCACAAAUUGUAACGAAAUGUGCUCUAAGUGGCCUCCCCAGGACCUGCAGGCACCGGAUCAUGCUGGGGGAUUCUGGGAAUUACUACUACAUUUCACCUUCCUGCAGGGCCAGGAUCACAGCAGUCUGCAACUUCUUCACAUACAUCCGCUAUAUCCAGCAGGGCUUGGUGAGGCAGGAUGUGGAGCUGAUGUACUGGGAGGUGAUGCGGCUCCGCAGGGAGAUGUCCCUGGCCAAGCUUGGAUUUUAUCCCAGUGAGAUGUGAGCAGAGGCCUGAGCGUGGAAGGGAACUGCUCCAGUACGAAGGGCUUUGUGAGUGCAGUGCCUGCCCUGCGAUGGGCCUUUCUCCCUCCCCACCCUCUCUCUGCCUGAAGCUGAGCAAGAAGCACAACUUCCACCUUCAGCUGUCCAGCUCCUCCAACUGUGACUGGAAUGCAGCUUCCACGCUGUCCCCUCGGAGCUGGGCUGGCCCUGGCUGCUCUGGGGUGGCCAUCUGUAGACUCCGGAGUCUCCUAUAUGCAGUGUAUAUCCAUUUUUUUUUAAACUUUUGUUUUUAUAUGCAGUCUUCUUUGGCAUUUUCUGAGGAGGGCAGGAAUUCUGGACCUUCCCUGUAAGCCGGUCUGUGAGGACAGAUGCUGGCUGUCUGUCCCUGUGCCCCGCUCAUUUUUUGGGGGUACUCGGAGGUCCUGCUGACCAUACUGCCAUAACAGCCCAGAAAAUGCCAGCACAGCACAAUAACCUUAGGGAGAGCCAUGAACACUUUGUUUCCAAGUACUUCCUUGUUCCUUUUAAAGGAGCCUGCAAGAGAAGCUUUCUGCCAGCGGAGUCACAAAGAAGGAUUUGUUCCUCUUUUCAGCUUGCUGUUUGACUCUGGGUUAUCCAGGCUGGGGGAAUGGCUGGAGCUGUGCACCUGGGGCCUCCAGCAGAAGAAAGAGAGCAGGAAAAUUCCAUAAUUCCCAGCUGGCUGCAGCCGGUGCAGGAUGUUUCCUCCUGGACUGGGAAAUCUGCUGCAGUUGUCACCGGCAGACCUUGCCAUGGACCCUGUGACACUCCUUGGGGUGGGAGUCCCCCACGGUGCUCUUAAACACAAACCUCACCUUACAAACAUGCCCUGGAGCUGUUCCUGCUCCCGAGGGAGCUUUGGGCAGUCCUGUUUGCAUUGUUCAGGCAGAAUCCAUUUACCCAGCUGGGGUUGUUCACACCCCAGAAGGAGCGUGCCCAGGCUGGGCAGCCCUGAAGCCCAGAGGUUCCCUCCCUGGUGUUACAUUAGACCUAGAGCUGCCCAUUCCAGUGGGAAUCCCAGCUUGUCCUGGGCUGCCAUCCCGAGUGAGAGAACUGAGACAUCUUUGUGUGCUCGUGAGGGGCGUGGCUGCAGUUCCUGUAUCCCCCAAAAUGUGCCAGGAGGGAGAGAUGUCACUAAAGCUGUUGGGACGCACAGGUCUGCCACAGACCCGGGUUUGUUAAGGCUGUGACAGUGAUUUGUAGCCAAUUUAGCCUUUUUUUUUGGAGUCUGUGGAACAGCCACCACCCACCCUGGGGUUUCCAUCUCUGGCUGACGCAUCACCCUGCCCAGCACCAGGUCACCACCCUCAGCUCCAGAACUUUCAUCCUCUCCUGGGGGAUGCUGCAGUAAGAGCUCAGUUUUCUUCCACUAAAGACACAAACUGAGCUGCUGUGGUUUUGCCCAGAGGAGGGGGAAAUGGACAGGGAAGGCAAAAGCUUUGGUUUCCCCAGCUGCAGAUUACAGCUCAGGUAAAUUCCAUCCCUGGAAUUUCUCCUCCUAUCUGUUCCCCCUGACCUUUUGACCUCUCCAUGUCUUCCUGUGCCAUUGGCUGCUGCAUUGCACACGUGUCAGCGCUGGGAAUGAGGUGAUCUCUCCAGGUAGGAGAUGGUUUGUGGGAUUUUUUUUUUUUCUUCCCCUCGGUGUCACAAUUGUAAAGCACUUUUGAGACGGAAGGAACUGGAGAAAUGCCACGUGUGAAGUUGUCUUACAUUUGAAGUGAAGCAGAGAGAGCAAUUUGUAAAGGAAGAUGAAGUCACUCCGUUAACAGCGGGAUGGUUGCACCCUGCUCUUUAAUAAUGGAAAAUAAACAUUUGCUAUUAACCUCUA